CCGCUUCUCUGGAUAUACAAGCCAUAGCGUCGCAGCAUUCGAUCUCCCGAUGCCGCCAUGGCUUCUGCUCCACCGGAAACGGCCCCGUCCAUCCAUCUUGGCCGGAUGGAUGGAGGCCACUCGGAUGAGGCGAUGUGAUUCCAGCAAAACCUCGCUGCCCAUCCCACCGACCAAUAGUCGCCUGAUUAUCGCAUGCCUUCUCCAAACAUCUCUUCGUCGCCUGGAGUCAGCAGUAUUCUCACAAGAAAGGCAUCCAUCAUCGACCAAAUGGAUCGGCCCUUGAUUUCUCUCGAGUCGACCGCCCGCAAGGGCAGCUCUUCGAGUGUCUCGCUGGUGUCCAUGUCGAACGGCUCCGCGCCUCCCUCUGCCUCUGCGGCCGAAGAGACUUUCUCGAUGAAUGUCCAGGACUACGAAAUGGGCCCAGCAAUCGGCUACGGCUCCUCGGCUGUCGUUUAUACGGCAAAAUACAAGCCUCUCAAUAAGGAGGUCUCGAUCAAACUGAUUGACCUGGAUAUGUUUGGCGGGAACCAGAUAGAUGAGCUGAGGCGAGAGAUCCAGAUCAUGAGUCUCUCGAAACACCCAAACCUGCUGCCUGUGUAUGGUUCCUUUGUGCACGGAUCCAAGUUGCAUAUUGUAGCGCCUCUCCUGGCCGGUGGCUCCUGCCUUGACAUCAUGCGCACGGCCUUUCCGGAUGGCCUGGAAGAGGCGUCCAUAGCUACCAUCCUCAAGCAAGCGCUCCAGGGCCUGGAUUAUCUGCACAAGAACUCGCUCAUUCACCGCGACGUCAAGGCCGGCAACUUGCUGAUGGACGCCGAUGGAUUGGUGCAGCUGGCUGACUUUGGCGUCAGCAACUCGCUGAUGGAGACUGGCGAGCGCCGGGGCUUGCGAAAGACCUUUGUCGGCACACCGUGCUGGAUGGCUCCGGAGGUUAUGGAGCAAUCUGGAUACGACUUCAAGGCCGAUAUCUGGAGCUUUGGCAUCACGGCCCUCGAGUUGGCCACUGGACACGCCCCGUUUGCAAAGUUCCCGCCGAUCAAGGUGUUGAUGCUUACUCUGCAAAACGAUCCCCCAACUCUUGACCGCGAGGGGACCAAGCACAAGUUCUCCAAGCUGUUCAAGGAAAUGAUUGACCUCUGUCUCAACAAAGACCCCACAAAACGACCCUCUGCAGAGAAGCUCCUGGCCCAUCCGUUCUUUAGAUCUGCCAAGCACAAGAGCUACUUGGUCAGGGAGGUUCUUGCCGACCUACCUCCUAUCUCCGCCCGCCCCCACAACAAACGUAUCCCUCCCCAGAAGGACAACUCCCUCAAGGCUGGCGUGUGGGACUUUGAGCACACGGACGACGAACAGGCGCGGACCUUCCGCUCCGACACCUCCAGCCAUUCAACUGUAUCCGACCCGCCUCGCAGCCACGCCCUGUCGACUCCGCAGUCGAGCGUGCCCUCCGACGCCCCCAUCAAGAAGAGCCGCUUCAUCGUCGACACUUCUGAUCAUCUGGCUGGCAAGGCACCUGCGUCGGCUCCCGUCGAUGUGCCAUUCAACAGCAAUGUCAGUGGCUCCAUCCCCGCCAGCAACGUGGGCAUCACCGAGAUCAAACGUGGCCGGUUUAGUGUCGUCGAGUCGGGCACGCUCUACUCGUCGCCCUCCAAUCCCUCAAGCCCAGUCCAUACCAUCUCAAAGGCCUCGACGAGCAUCACUAGCGAGCACCCAAGCUUCUUUAGCGCCAGCGAGAGCCAGAUCCCCAACCUGUAUGUUGAUCCUGGCAGCUCCGAGGCUGGACGCAAAGUCUACCGGGUCAACUCGGUAUCAUCGCUUGGCGACCAAGCCGGUGCAGCGAGCAAGCUGAGUCGGUUCGUCGUGAGUCAGGAACAUGGCCCAGAGCCUGCUACCACAUCGCUCACCGGGGCGACGCAAGUUGCCGACCGACGUGGUCGCUUCGAGGUGCUCUCGGGGAGCCCCUCGAUCUACUCCAACAGCGAUGCCUCCUCGACCCACACGUCUCCGUCCAACUCGCUCGGUCGUCCGUCACGUUUUGCGACCGCCGCACAGACAAUCCACUCGAACCCGUACGCUUUUAUGGCAACAACGCAUUCUCCAAAGAGCAGUCCCUCGCUUUCUGCCUCACGGAGCGCACCAAUCUCGUCGCUGCCGCCUGUUCCGAUGGCUCCGGCACUGGCCCCCUCAGAGUCCGGGUCGUCGCUGUUGCAGCGCAACCCCCCUCUCUUUGAGCCAGAACACGCGUCGCCUACCUCGGAGCUGACGGCGUCGCAAUUGAUGACCCCGCCCAUGACCGCUGUCUCGUCGUCAUCUCCGCCAGCCUCGCUGUUGGGCCAGGUCGAGACCGUGCUGAAAAACAACGAGAAGAUUCUGCUGAAUGAGUUGCGGGAGGUCAUGUCCCGCUCAAUUUCGAGUUCAAUCAACGAGGAUGUCAAUGAGCUCUCUCACGAAAACACCCGUCUCAGAAACGAGAACUCCGAGUUGAAGGCGGAGCUUGAGCGACUGAGAAGCGAGCUCCUGCAGCUGAAGCAGAAACAGGGCCGUCAAGUCAAGUUUGGCGACCGGCCCGAAAUUGUGAAUGGCUAAGGAUCCCUCUGGCGCUCUUGAUGAGAAUAUACCUCUGGACACUGCUGCCCAAAGUGCCCGAUCGGCGGGAUGUGAUAGCCACCGGGGCCUGCGGACGACAAGCGUGCGACAAGUUCGACCGUAGCCGCUCUCCGUUGGGCUUCGUUCUGCGCUCACAAGCCCGGCCAGUUGUACUUUCUUGCCGUUUGCGCCUUUCGUUGCCCCACCCCUUCUUUUUAUAUCGUAUGCAUUGCUCCGCUGUUUGCUCCCACCCACCCCCUUUCCGUUCCCUUGUCCCUGUAUGUUCCUACGUUUGCCCUUGGUUG